AUGAGCGCAGCAUCAGCGACAGCACCUCGAGUGCUGUAUCGGGGUCCACCCGGCAUGAAGCGGGCGCUCUACUACUUCAUCGGCACUGUCUUCACAGGCGCCGGGUGCUACCAAGGUUUCCUGCUCACACAGCACCUCAGCUGGCCCAUCUUGACGCGCAAUCCGGAGAAGACCAAGCUUGCGCCGCCAAUGCUUCGAUAUGCUGCGGGCACGGCGGUGGCGGUGACGGGUGGAGGACUCGGGAUGUUCUUCUUUUGGACGCCUUCGAGACUAGCAACGCGGGUGACAUUGUAUCCGGCGACGUCGCAGAUUGGCAUCCGCACAGCCGCGCGACCGUUCCGUGCCUUCUUGCCUCCGUCGAUGCGCUCAAAGAGGAGUGCUCCUCUCAAUCCUCAAGACCCUUGCGAACGCUUUCACCCUUUGGACGCACUGUACCGUCGGGACAGGACAUCUGCAGUCGAAAUUGAACAGUUUGCGCAGGGCAAGGGCAGGCGCGUUGUGUCCGCCAAGUCCGGAUCAAGGCAGAAGGUGCCAUCGUCCAUCUUGCUUGGAGAGGACGUCACGUUCGGAUAUCAGCUCGAAGCUGCGCCGACACCGCUAUUCGAAACCAAGGCCAAGAAUCUGUACACGCAGUAUUGGUCGCGCUUCAAGCUCAGCCUGCGCGGAGAGACCGACUGGUCCGAUGUCGCUGGUGCUCAAGGUCUUACACCCGCCGAACAGGCAGCACAGGCUCAGCUCGAUCGCAAGGAUCCUUGGUUCAUGGAUCGAAGCAACUUUGACAGACUGUUUCCAGUCCGAGACUUCAGCUCGAAAAAGUAG